ACCAUAGAUUUGUAUAAUGCCUGUUUCCGGUCGGACACUUGACGUCGCGGACCCAGAUAUGCUCCCAUAGUACACGUUUAGGAGUAUAAAUGUGCAAUUUAAAAUUAAAUUUUAAUUGUAACUUAUCGUGGUGACUUUUGAGCGGCUUUCUGAUGAGGACACAAUUUGAGUAGGAGACUGAAAGACGUGGGGAAAGUGUACGUUUUCAAAAGGAAUAAACUCUGCCGUAAAAUUGUGUUUUCGAGAGUUACGAUUUCAACGGCGCAUUUUUUUUUUUUGAGCCGCCUCGUUUUCUAGAAAGUUUUGACAAAUUUGACACUUAUGAGUGUACGUUGCGGUGUCCACGUGAAAUGAUCAAGCACACGAUGAGAGUACCGGGACGAGUGCUACUGGCAGCCCCCGGCGAACGCUGCUUGUCUGCGUUUAAGAGCACACGAAUGUUAACUGAGGACGGAGCCGUAUCGCCUCAACGUGAGAUUCUUGUGAAGGAGGCGUCACUCUACAUCCACUGGCCGUACUGCCUGAAACGGUGCUCCUACUGCAACUUCAACAAGUACGUCCCCAAAAGUGACAACAAGCACAUAGUUAGCCAAUGUCUUCAGCGUGAGGUCGAGACGCUGCUGCAGCUCAGUCAGGUUUCCCGCAUCACUUCCGUGUUUUUUGGUGGCGGUACCCCAAGCCUGGCGCACCCCUCCACCGUCUCGGACAUUCUGGAAACGGUCUCCAGACGGGCGAGUCUGGCACACCAAGCUGAGGUCUCACUGGAAGUCAACCCCACUCCCGAGGGAAGGGCAAAAUUGAAGGACUUUAGCCAUGCUGGCGUGAACCGUUUCUCCAUAGGGGUCCAGUCUCUCCAGAAUGCCGAUUUAAGCAGACUGGGGCGAGACCACAGCGCUCAUCAGGCCCUGCAAACGGUCGAGGAGGCUCGCAGAUUGCGCCCGGGCAGGGUGUCUGUGGACGUCAUGUUCGGGCGCCCCGGGCAGAGCCUGGCAUCGUGGGAAGCGGAGUUGUCGGAGCUCCUGCGCUUGUGCGACGACCACGUGUCGCUGUACCAGCUGACGCCCGAGCGAGGCACCCCGCUCUUUAAACAAAUACGAGGCGGCGAGGUGACGCUGCCCGGCGACCACGCGAUGGCGGAGAUGUAUGAGAGCGCCAGGAGGAUGCUGCGGCGGCACGGAUUUGACCAGUACGAAGUGUCAAACUUUGCCAGAAACAGUGCCGUGAGCCAUCACAACAUGAACUACUGGAAAGGAAGACAAUACAUCGGUGUCGGUCCAGGAGCACACGGACGCUUCGUUCCUCUCGGCGUUGGAGGCGCGCACCGAGAGGCCCGCACCCAGACGCUGGAGCCGGACUUGUGGAUCCUCGAGGUCCGGCGGCACGGACACGGGACUCGGAGGAGGAUUAAGCUCGGCCAUCUUGAACUAUUGGAGGAGGUGUUGGUGAUGGGAUUGAGAAUGACAGAAGGCAUCACGCAUAAGCGCUGGCAGCUGUUCAGUCCACAGCUGGGCCUCGCUGACAUCUUCAGCUCAUCCGCUGACGUCCGAGAAUUCUUCCAGCGUGGCCAUCUGACCCUGGAUGACGGAGGACUGCGCUGCUCCCGGGAUGGUCUGGCGUUACUGGACGCCGUGCUGCCGACUCUCCUGCUGGAACUGGAAAGACAAACGUCGGAAUCUGCCAAGUCGUGACGCUUUUCCUCACGAGGGUCGCAGGGAGUGCUGGAGCCUGUCCCGGCUGUCUCCGGGGCAGAAGGCGGGGUACGCCCUGAACUGGUCGCCAGCCAAUCGCAGGGCACAUCAAGACAAACAGCCGCGCUCACAAUCACACCUAUGCGCAAUUUAGAACGUCCAAUUCAUGUUGCGUGUUUUUGGGAUGUGGGAGGAAACCGGAGUGCCCACCCGGAGAAAAGCCAGGCAGGCACGCGGAGAACACGCAAACUCCACACAGGGGGGGCCGGGAUCGAACCCGGGUCCUCAGAAGUGUGAGGCCGACCCUUUACCAGCUGUCCCACCGUACCGCCCAUGGGCAAACAUUUGAGAGUGAAUUGAUUCAUUCCUGUGUGUACGCGGCGCAUGGACACACCACCCAACAUCAACACCUUCCUUCUCUAACUCGUGAACUUUAUUGAACAAUCAAGUCCGGCAUCUGCCGCUUCCUAAAUGCUAAUGCUAACGAAAGCUAAUCUGUGCGUCUAGCAAAACCCAAUGCAGCUCUGCCUUUCCUCUGACUUCUCCACGGUUGUGUUUAAUAUUUUUGUCUGGCCGCUGGAUUUUUCCAGUUCCUGGUACGCUUCACAAGAGAAAAAGGAACAAACACGUUCUUUAAGCAGAAGGCAUGUUUUUACCAUGUGAAAAUUGUGGUUGAAUUCUGAAUGGAAUCAAAAUGAUGUAUAACGAUGUGAACAUGUUUUGGGCUUUUUUUUUUUUUUUUUUUAAAUUGAUUUCAUUUGAGUUGUGUGCCGGCCUGAUUCAAUGCUCUCGCGGGCCCUGUAUGGCCCACAUGCUGUCGGUUUCCUACCAUACAAAUACUCUGUGCUUUUUUUUUUUUUUGGUCAGGAUUCUCCGCAGUUCUGUGCAAUUCCUGUCUUGUUAAAUUGUAAAUACAUUUUUAUUUAUGCA